AUGUUCUUUAAAACCAUCACAGGUACUUUCAUUCUGGCCUCCGCGGCCGUGAAUGGCCAUAUGAUUAUGGCAAAUCCGAAACCGUUCGGAGGCCCUGACCUCGACAACUCUCCGUUGACUUCAAGUAACUAUCCUUGUAAGCUUAAGGGCGAUCCAGCAACCUUCUACAAGACUGAUGGGCUUGACAACACAAUGGCAGUUGGGGAAAGUCAGACUUUGUCCUUCAAGGGCUCUGCAGUUCAUGGUGGGGGAAGUUGUCAGUUGGCUAUAACCCAAGACAUGCAACCUAGUGCGACUACAUCUUGGCAAGUAAUCGAAUCUAUCGAAGGUGGUUGCCCAAGCAAAUCUGGCCAAGGGGCCGACACCUACGACUGGAAGAUUCCCGACGGUGUAGGACCCGGGAACUACGUUUUCGCCUGGACUUGGAUCAGCAAGCUCGCAGGGCAGCCCGAGUACUACAUGAACUGCGCCCCCAUCACGGUCACGGGAGGCAAAAAGCGAUCUAAUGCCAAUGAGACAUACGAUCUUAUUUCAAGAGAUAACUCAUUCCCCGAGCUUUUCGUCGCUAACCUAGCUGAUAUUAAUUCGUGCAAGACAGAACCCGGCACCGACCCCGAGUACCCCGACCCCGGAUCUAACGUUGUUCGUCCAGGCACGAGCAACAAAUUCGCAAAGGUCCAAGGCGAUAACUGUGUCCCCAAAGGUGCAAAGUCGUCGGGUGGAUCGAGCGGAUCGAGCGGAAAUGUCGACACGAACGCUGGUAGCGGGUCGAGCGAUAACGGAAACUCGGGAUCGGCCCCGGCCUCGGACGGCGGCAGUGCUUCUUCCGCAGCAGCGAGCUCGUCGACUGGUGCCCCCACGCCUUCUGGGUUCGUAACGAGCGUCAUACAGGCAGGGAGCAGUGCUCCUGCCUUCCAGGCUCCUUCGUCUGCUGCCGCCGCUAGUUCCGCUCCGUCGCCGGCAGGUUCUUCGAGCCCGGCGGGUAGCGGCUCGCCGGGAGCGGGCUCCGCUGGAGGACUUACGGGAUCUUGUACUUCUGAAGGUAUGUUCAACUGCAUUGGCGGUACUUCAUACCAGCAGUGUGCGUCCGGCAGUUGGUCGGUCGUUAUGCAGAUGCCUGCGACGACCAAGUGUGCUCCUGGACAAACGAUGACUCUUUGGGGUCGGGAUGAGAUGAAGUCCGAGUAA